AUGGUCAACAUAGACAAUGCAACUAAAUAUCCUGUUGAAUUUUUAAAUUCGUUGAAACCAACGGGUGUGCCAUAUGAUAGGAUUAUUCUGCGGGUAGGCACACCUAUUGUGUUGUUGCGAAAUUUGAAACCACCUAAACUGUGCAACGGGACCAGGCUUAAAGUCAAAGCCUUACAUCGCAAUAUAGUUGAAGCCACAAUUUUAACUGGAUGUGCAAAAGGGGAAACUGUAUUUGUACUACGAACUCCCUUAAUUCUAAACGAUCUUCCGUUCGAAUUUAAACGAUUGCAGUUUCCCCUCAGAGUCUGCUUUGCAAUGACUAUAAUUAAAUCUCAAGGCCGGACUCUCAAAUUUGCGGGAAUAGACUUGCGAGAAAACUGUUUUUCACUUGGACAGUUAUAUGUAGCUUGCUCAUGCGUAAGCUCACCCAGUAUCUUGGUGAUUUUGACUCCUACUAAUAAAUCAGCAAAGAAUAUUGUCUACAAAGAAGUUUUAAAUGAUAAUACUAGAAUCUAUGUUAGAAACAUAAUAUUGUAG